AUGCAAGUGACCUUGUCCAAGCAGCCUGCUGGAGAGUUUAUCAAACAGGCUUUUGUUCCUCUUGCACAGGAUGUGCCUACUGAGGUUCCUUGCAACCAUGUGGUCGACUUUGCCAAAGCGCAGGUGCAGGAAGGGAAUAGCAGUCAUGUCUUGCGGGAGUUUGCUGCAGUGAGCCUCAAUGAUGCAGAGAAGGGAUGUCAUCAGGUGUUCAAAAAAUAUGGCUACGUUGCUCCAGUUGAAAUUGAGUUUGCUUGCCUGGGAGAGGGCAAGCUGGCCAAAUUUCCCUUCAUCCGUCUGAGCAAGUGGGCGCAGUGGCUCUUAGACACUCAACGAAUCUGGAGGCUGUUUUGCGGAGCCAGCUCGUUUGAGCGCAUGCAGGAGGUCUUAGCUGUUUUCUGGAGCCGGUUCCGGGAAGCCUUCCCAGGCCAUGACAUCUUUGAUGCCCUUUCACCCGAUGAGCUCAACACGUGCAUACCAUUCUACACCCACCAAGAUGAAGGUCGUGGGCCAAAGCAUGAGGCUGUAUGGGUGUUUUCUUCUCAUGGGUGUGUGGGCCGUGGCACGGCAGAAUAUGUGCGGAAAGGGAAGCACAAGCUACCACUGGAUCGGUGCCCCUUAGGGUUGAACUUCUUGGGAAACACGCAAUGCACCCAGUACCUUUUCUGCACCAUGAAACGGAGUGUGUUAGAAGAUUGCCCUGGGGCGGUGGAUGCCCUCAUGCAAAUCUUUGCGGCAGAUUGCUCUUGUUUGCUUUUCGAUGGACUGACCAGUCAAGAUGGCAAAACAAUUCGCAUGGCCCAUAUCUCCACCAAAGGUGACCUCCCAGCGCUCAAUCGACUUGGAUCAUUCACGAGGACAUUUUGGCAUGUUCCCCGUGCACAGUCGUCAAAGAAGGCCUGCAAGGGCAUCUGCCCGUGGUGCUUGGCAGGGAGAGAAGCUGGGCGGCCUGGGGAAAGAGCCUUCCCAUUCGAAGACUUGUCCUUGAACCCAGUGUGGGAGGAAACCAUUGAAAGUGAGAUCCCGUGGGGUGCCACAAUGCCACCCAUCAUGGAAGGGGCCCCGCUGAACAGAGAUCGCAAAGCACAUUUCUUCAGCCUAGAUAUCUUUCACAAUGUGCACCUCGGGGUGGGGAAGCAGUGGCUGGCUUGUUCCUUUGCAGCUUGUGUGGAACGGUUGGAAUUUUGGCCGGAGACACAUGGUUCUGUUGAUGCCAGGUUUGAACUCAUGACAUCACAGUUCAAGGACUUUUGCCGCCAGCGACACAUCUCGCCACACAUGACCGAGAUCUCCAGAGCCACUUUGGCAUUCCCAUCGUCAACUGCCUCUCCAGUAGGCCAAUGGUCGAAAGGGUCCAUGACCACCAAUUUCAUGUUGUUCUUGGAGUUCUUCUUGGUCCAGCAUGCUGCAGAUUGUGAGGACCCCAUCAUACAAACUAUGGUCAUUCGACUGGUGUAUCUCAUUGUUCGAGGAACCAAGGCACUGAAUGUGGCCCUCAGCUGGAUGUAUUCCCAAGGGUAUUGGAUCAGGAAUUGGCAAGGGAAGCGGGCUGGUGAGUGGCUCCUAGUGUUUGUGCAGGCCUAUGGCCGAUGUGCAAAGUUGAGCUUAGAGGAGGGGACCCGACGAUGGGCGCUGGUUCCCAAAAUUCACUAUUUACACCACUGCGCUUUGGAUUUAAUUCGGGCUGCAGAGAGUGGAGCUGCUUUUUUGGUCAACCCAUUGGCCACAUCGAAUCAGAUGCAAGAGGAUUAUGUGGGCAAGCCGUCGCGUUUGGCGCGGCGGGUUUCAGCGCAGCAGAUUCAUGCUCGUGUAAUUUCCCGUGUCCUCAUUUCCACGUUUCAAGCAGUGCAGGCAUCAGAUAAUGACCCAAGAGGGUUGAUGUAG